GUUUAACCCGAACCGGGAAGAUUCCAUUAAUAAAACAAACCAAAGAUUCGUCGUCUUCUUCAAAUUGUUAUUUGUUUCCUUUUCCUCUCUCGGCUUCCGGAGUUCCUCACUUCUUGGCUCUACACUCAUGUCACAGUCCAAAUCAAUCACGUAAUCAAAUCAUCCCCUUCUUCUACUCGCGAAUCUCACAAUCCCUAAAUUUCCGCGUCUCUCUCUCCCUCGCGCUUUUGAUGGACAUUCUUCGAUUAGGUUCGAUUUCACCUCAUAGAAGAAGGAAAUGGCUGAUUCUAUUAUCCCUUCUCGGAGUCUCGAGCUACGGAGCUUACAAAGUUUACAACUCCCCAUACAUCGCCGCGAAAAGGAAGCGUCUCACGAACCUCUUCGAAGGAAUCGCCUCCUUCGCCGAGCUAGUCACCGAUUCAGCAGAGACGAUAACUCUCGUCUCCCGAGACUUGAAGCAGUUUCUCGAAUCCGACUCCGACGAAAUCCCAAACAGCUUGAAGCAGAUAGCGAAAAUCGCCAAAUCGAAAGAGUUCACUGAUUCAAUAUCUAGGGUUUCCGAGGCCGUAGCCGUCGGUGUCCUCCGCGGGUAUAACAUCGAUAACAACGUCGAAGCAGAAUCGAAUCCAAGCGUUUUAUUCUCAGAGGCGGGAACUGGUUUCGUCUCGGUUCUUGUAGGUAGCUUCGCGAAGAAUCUCGUUCUUGGAUUCUACGAGGUUGAGAGUAGUGUUGAAACGACGAGUACGAAACCUAGGUGGAUGAGUUUGUUAUGCGAUGACAAGUUUAGAGAGGUGUUAGCUGAUUGUAUAGAGAGAUUCACUAGCUCUGCUGUAACCGUCUACAUCGAGAAGACUGCUGGGGUCAACACUUACGACCAGAUAUUCUCUGGCUUGACGAAUCCGAAACACCGAGAUGGAGCGCGAGACGUUCUCGUCUCGGUCUGUAACGGAGCUCUCGAGACGUUCAUGAGGACGUCUCGCCAAGAAGAAGAAACCGUUAGGGAUUCGUCUUCCUUUAGUGGAAAUGGAUGGGCGGAGGUGCUUACGACUACGUUAGCGGUUCCGAGCAAUAGGAAGUUUAUGUUCGAUGUUACGGGAAGAGUGACGCUGGAGACGAUGAGAUCGAUUCUUGAGUUUGUUGUCCUGAAGACGUCGCAGAGCUUUAUGAGGAGUUUCGUUGCGGUUCAAGAAGAGGUUACGGAUAGAGGACGGCAAGUGGUUGGGUAUGUUGGUGCUAAGUCUUCAGUGAUAAUCACUCUUUGCCUCGCGGUUUACCUUCAUGUUGUGAACCGCUUUGUUCGAGGUUCUCCGGUUUGCUUAAACCAGCAUUUCUAGUCGUUGGGUGGAUCUUUUAGCUCAUUAGAAUAUGUUAGGGACGUGAGAUCUUCAGCUUCCACAUUCUAUUGGUUUAUGUAGUUUAGAGCUGAAUAAUGUAGAUUUUUUGUGUUGUCCACAGAUUGAUUCUAAUUGAUAAAGCAAGUUCUUGAGAUAA